AAAUCCAAAAAAGAAACGUCAAAUCGCAACUUUAAAGUGAUUUUUCGAAAUCCUUAACGGUUUGAUCUCAAUGGUUGUCGAAUUCGGUUUUGUACCAAAAUCCAACAGGAUUUAUUACACCCAAAGAUCUAACCCCCCAUUUUUGACAUUAAUGGCUUACAACUUCAUUUUAAAAACGUCCGAUUACGACUGGUUACAAAAAAACAUUGAGUAUUUAGAGUUCGAAUUAACAUUUUGGAUCAAAAAUAGAUCAAUCGUGAUCGAGAAAGAUAAAAAAUUACACACGAUGUUUCGAUAUUCCGUGAAUUGUUUCACUCCGAGACCGGAAAGUUACAAAAGCGAUAUGGAAUUGGCCGAGGAGUUGGAUGGAAAAGAUAGAAAGAAAUUUUUUAAGGAAAUUAAUUCGGCUUCGGAAAGCGGAUGGGAUAUUUCUAGUCGAUGGUUAAACGAUGGCGAUGUUUUAGAUGUUAAUGUGAGUCGAGUUAUCCCGGUGGAUUUAAAUUCCUAUCUUUAUAAAAAUUUCGUUUGCAUUUCAAAACUUUUUAAUAUGUUGGGAAAUAAUUCGAAAAGCAUCGUUUGGCGUAAAAAAGCGAAAAAAUUACAUCUUGCAAUUCGAAAAAUUUUAUGGAACGAAACCGAAGGGAUUUGGUUCGAUUACGAUCUUGAGUUAAAUCGGAGUAGAUCUCAAUUCUAUUUAAGUAAUUUUACCCCGUUAUGGGCUGGAGCUUUUCCUACGAGGUUAAGAUACGAAUAUGGAUAUUACGCGUCGUUAUACAUAGAUAAAUAUGAUUUAAUCGGGAAAUAUAAAGGGUGUAUCCCGGAUUCUUUACAAGAAUCGUUCCAACUUUAUGAUUUUCCGAAUAGCCACACUCAUUUACUUGUUAUGGUUAUUGAAGGAUUAAAAAGUUCUUUGCAUUUGGGGGCUAUUAAGAAAUCUAACGUGAUUCUUGUGAAUUGGAUGGACGUUGUUAUGUCGUGUUGGGCUGAAACGAAUAGCAUCUUCGAUACUUACAACGUAAAAGAAUUUGGGCAACAUACCAGUUAUACGGAGUGGAGUGAAGAUCAUACCGUUACAAUCGGGGCUUUUUUAAGUGUUUUAGACAGUUAUUACACAAUUUCAGAGCGAUUUAUUUCUAACGAGAGUUUUGGAAGAAGAUUGAACGCUUUGUGUUUUAUUUUUAAUUUUAUCGCUUAUGUUGUUAAAUGACAUAAAUUAUUUGAUUGCAGUUGAGAAUAUAAAAGGAGGAAUAAAGUUUUUUUAACAAAAUUUUUUGAUUAA